AUUGCAGUACCAUCAGUUGUUUCACACCCAUCAAUCCAAUCAGUUCGUAGUCCUUCGAAAGGUUUCGUCAAGAAUCAGUUCCACAAUGGUGCGUUUGUGCAGUGCUCUCCUGUUGGUGCUGAGCUUGGCAGUAGCUCACGCAGUUGGCCGCCACGGAUUGUUAGGCGCAUACGGCAAGCAUAAGGGAGCGGGAUCCCUGGCGACCUUGGGAUUAGGAUACAGUUUAGGAUACGGAUUGAACCAACUCGAACACGGACCACAACUGCCGCUGGGACUGUACGGACAUCACCCUGUUGGAUUGUAUUAUGCUCCUUCGUACGGUUUUGGCCACAAACACCAUGGCCAUGGCCAUUACGGAUACCCACACAAGUAUGGACAUUACCCAAAACACGGAUUCCAUGUCGGAUACGAAAUCGGCUACCAGGGCAAGCUUGGAUUCGUCAAUCUAAAGCGUGACAAUCUCCGGCAGGUUCAGCUUUCCUUCGGACUUGGCAAACCAUCCCACCACCCCAAAGCUUAAGCUAACCAAGUCAGAAUAAUUAAGCUUAAUUGAUCGCCGAAACCUACUCAGCCAACGACGACAAUUCACACGACUCGAAACAAUGUCUACCCAUCUGAAUAAUUCGCAAAACGCGAAAACGAACGUCACCGGACCGUACCAUCAAGUUCAAGGUCGAACGAGUCGGUGGCUUCGCUAAGAACCAGCAGCCAACGACGGCAACGAACUAACAAUAAACGGGAGACUUAUGCUGACAGUGAUUACAGUGCUUCUGCAAAACCAGCCAGCGAAACAAAACCAUCCUUUAGUUCUUCCAUUCGGAGAGUCGUGUAAUGAAGCAAAUUUAACCAAAAGAAGUAACAAAAAAAAACGAGAGAGAAAAACUAUCAACCAAACAACUGAACUGCAGCCAAAUACCUCUGUUCAAAGCGUUGGAGUGAGUAGGACUGCGGGGAUCAUACAUAGACGAGGUGGGGCUGCAGCCGACAGCGAAAAAUUAUACAUGCAUCGGUGGGCACGGAAGCUCACCACCUGAAAAUUGAAGGUUAUUGCAGGAACUGAUUUAUCUAGGCUAAUUAUAGGACGCGUUGUUUUAGUUACAUUAGUCAUUGGAGUUUUAAAUGUAGAGCACUGCAAAACGGGUUUUGUACAUACGUAACAGUUGAAGCUAAUAAAUUAUUAGUCAAAUA